UUUCAUUUUUCAGUAUUCGCUGGCACUCCGAGACUCUGGCAGACUGGCAGUGUUCGCAUUUCUCUUUCUCUUUCUGUGUCUCUCCUCGUGCUUUGUGUGAUGCGCUUCCUCUUCUCCCUAAAAAACCCAAUCAAACCUGCUCUCUGCCUCUCCACCCUCCUCUCCUCCACCCCCGUUCCGCCACGACUCGCCCGAUUCAGCUUGCUCCGAUCCCACUCCGGCUCGUUCGAUUCCACUCAGAGAUCGCCAAUCUCAAUGGCAAUCCCGCCUCCUCCGACCAUGUCAGUGGCCGCCGUGGAUUCCGAAGUGGGCCUCUCUGAACGUUUCUGGAUCAAGCUCCGCAGGGAAUCGGUGCUCGCUCUCUACACCCCCUUCGUCCUCUGUUUGGCUUCCGGGAAUCUCAGGAUCGAAACUUUCCGCCAUUACAUCGCCCAAGAUGUCCACUUUCUCCGCGCCUUCGCGCAAGCGUAUGAGUUGGCUGAAGAGUGUGCGGAUGAUGAUGAUGAUGCAAAGAUUUCAAUCUCCAACUUGAGGAAGGCAGUUCUGGAGGAGCUGAAAAUGCAUGAUUCAUUUGUACAGGAAUGGGGUUCAGACCUUGCGAAGGAGGGCACUGUCAACUCUGCAACAGUGAAGUACACGGAUUUCUUGUUGGCAACAGCCUCUGGGAAAGGCGAAGGAGUAAAAGGUCCUGGUAAACUUGCAACUCCUUUUGAAAGAACAAAACUUGCUGCAUACAGUCUGGGUGCCAUGACACCUUGUAUGAGGCUGUAUGCCUUUUUGGGUAAGGAGUUAAAGGCACUUGUAGAUGUUCAUGAGGGCAGUCACCCUUACAGGAAGUGGAUUGAAAAUUACUCAUCUGAAAGUUUUCAGGCAUCAGCUUUGCAAACUGAAGACUUGCUCGAUAAACUAAGUGUCUCUUUGACAGGAGAAGAGCUUGACAUCAUUGAAAAACUCUAUCACCAAGCUAUGAAACUUGAAAUAGAGUUCUUCUCUGCUCAGCCAGUUGUUCAGCCAACUGUAGCUCCUCUGACCAAAGAGCAUAACCCUGUGGAGGAUCGUCUUAUAAUAUUUUCUGAUUUUGAUUUGACAUGCACUGUUGUUGAUUCUUCUGCCAUUUUGGCGGAAAUUGCAAUAGUAACAGCACCAAAAUCUGAUAAGAUUGAACCUGAAAAUCAACUUACUCGGAUGUUAUCAGCUGAUCUUAGGAACACGUGGGGACUUCUUUCCCAGCAGUACACAGAAGAGUAUGAGCAAUGCAUAGAAAGCAUUAUGCCCCCUGAGAAAGUUGAUGGGCUCAAGUAUGAAGCUCUAUGUAAAGCACUUGAGCAACUUUCGGAUUUUGAGAAAAGGGCAAAUAGUAGAGUGAUUGAGUCUGGGGUACUUAAGGGUCUAAAUCUUGAAGACAUAAAACGAGCUGGCGAACGUCUAAUUCUUCAAGAUGGUUGUACUACCUUCUUUCAGAAAAUUGUAAAGAAUGUAAAUUUGAAUGCAAAUGUCUAUGUACUUUCAUACUGUUGGUGCGGUGAUCUCAUUAGAUCUGCCUUUUCGUCAGGGGAUUUACAUGAGCUGAACAUACACGCAAAUGAAUUCACUUUUAAGGAAUCCAUUUCUACGGGUGAGAUUGUUAAGAAGGUGGAGUCUCCACUCGACAAACUUCAAGCUUUUAAGAAUAUAUCUAAUGAUUGCAGCAAUGACCGGAAGAACUUGACUGUUUACAUAGGAGACUCAGUGGGUGACUUACUUUGUCUGCUUGAGGCAGAUAUAGGAAUUGUGAUUGGGUCAAGUUCAAGCCUUAGAAGAGUGGGGAAUCAGUUUGGUGUUUCUUUUGUGCCAUUGUUCCCUGGCUUAGUCAAGAAACAGAAAGAAUACGUUGAUGGAAGGUUUUCUAGUUGGAAGGGGCUUUCUGGCACUCUUUACACAGUCUCUAGUUGGGCUGAAAUACAUGCCUUCAUUUUUGGGUGUUAGAAUCACAUUUUUCAUUCUCUUGGCAAAUGAAGGACUCAUUCAUAUAUAAUACAAUAGAAAAUACAAGUUGGUGGCUAGUUUUAUUAGGGGCCACCCAUUUGCUGCUGUCUUCUUCCCUUCUCUGUUUCUUCUGCUGGGUCGUCUUGUUCAAAGAUUUGAUGUCGGUCUAUUGGUUGCAUGUGGUGUAAACAUGGGUACUCACAGGUUGCUGGAAGCAAUGAUUCAGAACAAAGAUUCUUACAUAUAUAUUUGUCCAUAUAAACAUUUCAAGUGCUGGAUCCCUAUCUUCAUAGGUUAUUGCUAUUCUAUAUUUGAGAGGAAUGGCAGUUAAAAGAAUAUAUGUAUUUUCAUUUAAAUUCCUGGCUAUUAUUAGAUCAGAUGCAAAUGAAUGAUUAUGUUCUGAUGUUGCGUAUUUAUCUAUGAAUUUAAGGAGAAUUUGGAGCACGUUUUGCCCCAUAAUUG